UAGGAUUGGAGGAGCGCGUCUUAACUUUCCUUCCACAGUCGUGCGUUUUUGUGCGGUGCAAGGAAAUUUUCUCCAUCGAGAACUUCGCAACAUUCCAGCAACUAAUACAGAUAGCGAAAGUAUUGAGCCGUACGCUUUAUUAAGUGAACAGUGUUAACUGGACCAUUUUUUUUGUCUUCUUCAGUCGGGGGGAAAAAAUAUAUAUUUUUGUACGUUUUAGUACACUUGGAAAAAAAAGCAAAUUAGACGGGAAAUAUAAACGUUUUAAUCGUCGAACGUUGUUUUGUUUUUUUUAUAAAUAUAUACAUUUUUAUUUUAUUUUAGUGUACUUAUUUUUUAAACUCGAUUUAUUUUGUCAAAAGUUAGUGUUUUUUUUUAAAAAAAAAAAAAAUCUCAGAAAAACAAUGGCAGGUUUGAACUCAUUAGAUGCUGUAAAAAGAAAAAUCCAGAGUCUGCAACAACAAGCGGACGAUGCCGAAGACCGAGCUCAGGAACUCCAGAGAGAAGUCGACAGCGAACGGGAACUCAGGGAAAAAGCUGAGGGAGAUGUAGCCGGACUGAAUCGCCGUAUCCAGCUGGUGGAGGAGGAGCUGGACCGAGCCCAAGAGCGCCUGACCACUGCCCUGCAGAAACUGGAGGAGGCGGAGAAGUCAGCGGACGAGAGCGAGCGAGGGAUGAAGGUGAUUGAGAACCGAGCGAUGAAGGACGAGGAGAAGAUGGAGAUGCAGGAGAUGCAGCUGAAGGAAGCCAAGCACAUCGCCGAGGAGGCUGACCGCAAAUACGAGGAGGUUGCUCGUAAACUGGUUAUUCUGGAGGGUGAGCUGGAGCGAACCGAGGAGAGAGCAGAGAUCUCCGAACUGAAGUGCAGUGAAUUGGAAGAAGAAUUGAAAAACGUCACCAACAACCUGAAGUCUCUGGAAGCCCAGUCUGAGAAGUACUCUGAAAAGGAGGACAAAUAUGAAGAGGAAAUCAAGGUUCUCAGUGACAAGCUGAAAGAGGCUGAAACCCGGGCUGAGUUUGCUGAAAGAACCGUCACCAAACUGGAAAAGAGCAUUGAUGAUCUGGAAGAAAAACUGUCCAGUGCCAAAGAGGAGAACCUGGGAAUGCAUCAAGUUCUGGAUCAGACUCUGCAAGAACUCAACAGCUUAUAAACCCCCCAAAAAUAAAACAAAACGGCAGCAAAACAAACCUGAAAAGGAAGAAACAGGAACAAAACAAGCAAGCGACAUUCCAUGGAUUUUCAGCUUCAUUCCACGUUUCAGGCUGAAAUCUCAAAUUUCCAGAAAAGAAAGAAUGCAGAAACAAGUCAACGUAUGUUAUGCCUUUACCUGCAGCGUAGAAAA